AUAACUUUACACACCAGAGACGCAAAGGAAGGCAGAGAGAUUAAAAAAGAAAAAACAGAAAAAUCAAGAAAGGCCGAAGAAUGGUCAAUCGCUCCGUCAACAUUGACAUUCAUUCCAUACAUACCAAACCAUAUCUUCUUCUUCUUCAUUCCUGCACGAAACACGUUUAAUCGUCCUCUCUCUGUGUGAUUCCUAGAUUUCUAUCCGAAGCUGUGAUUUGGCGUGUUCGUGGAUUGAUUUGGCUGUACAAAUGGGAGCUGUUUGUUCUGGCGGGAUCUCAGAGCCUACCAGAAGGCUUGGGAAGAAGGAUUUGGGGUUUUCUGGGAAGUUGAAGUCGACGAAGAGCUUUACUAAGACGAAAGAGAUUUCUCAUCCGAAUUCCAAUGUCGAUCGUGUCGGUAAGACGCCUUUCACUUAUGAUUCUGGUGAGUUGCAAUUUUCGAGGGAAUCGAAGCCAUCGACGCUGGGCAGGACCAAGGCCGCCUAUAAGAGCUCAUUUCUGGGAAGAGCUGGCACUGUUGGACUGGAAGUUCUAGACACUCUUGGAAGUAGCAUGUCCAACUUGAACACCAACAGUGGGUUUAUUUCUGGCAUGGCUUCUAGAGGGAAUAAAAUAUCCAUGUUGUCAUUUGAAGUAGCUAAUACGAUAGCCAAAGGUGCGAACUUGUUUCGUUCUCUUUCAGAAGAAAAUAUCCAGUUUCUGAAGAAAGAGAUAUUGCCUUCAGAAGGAGUACAACUAUUAGUGUCGGCAGAUAUAAAGAAGUUGCUAAGUAUUGCUGCUUCUGAUAAAAGGGAGGAACUUGAAAUUUUCUCAAGGGAAGUGAUCAGGUUUGGAGAUCUAUGUAAAGACCCUCAAUGGCACAACCUCGGUCGAUAUUUCUCAAACUUGGAUUUAGACAAUUCAGUCGAUGAACAGUUUAAAAUUGAGGCGGAAAUGAAAAUGAAAGAUUUGACCACCCUUGCUCAGCUUACUUCUGAAUUGUAUCAUGAGUUACAUGCUCUGGACCGAUUCGAGCAAGAUUUUCAGCGGAAAAUUGAGGAAAUGGAUGCCUCACAGCUCCCUCGAAGAGGAGAAAGUCUCAUGAUCUUACAAAGUGAGCUGAAACGACAAAGAAAGCUUGUAAGGAGCUUGAAAAAGAAGUGUCUUUGGUAUAGAAGUUUGGAGGAGAUUGUGGAGAAACUUGUUGAUAUUGUCACCUAUAUACAUCUAGCUAUCGUGGAAGCAUUUGGGGCUGAUGGUACCACAUUGGUCAAUGAAGAGCCCAGGAAGACUUCUCAGAGGUUAGGGGUAGCUGGUCUUGCAUUGCACUAUGCUAAUGUCAUCAAUCAGAUAGAUAACAUUGCAUCUCGCCCAGCCUCCCUUCCUUCUAAUACGAGGGACACAAUGUAUCAUGCUUUGCCUGACAGUGUUAAGAAAGCCCUACGAUCAAGAUUGCAGAACGUUAAUGCCGCAGAAGAGCUCUCAGUUGCUCAGGUGAAACAUGAAAUGGAAAAGACUCUGCAGUGGCUUGUACCUGUUGCCACAAACACAACCAAAGCACAUCAAGGUUUUGGGUGGGUUGGAGAAUGGGCAAACACUGGAAAUGAUAACACUGAUAACAACCUCAUCCGCCUCCAGACACUUUAUCAUGCAGAUAAGCAAAAGGUUGACCACUACAUUCUUGAAUUGGUGACAUGGCUUCACUGUUUGAUAAGCUUAGUUAGACAAAGGGAUCACGGUUUCAAAGCUUUGCCUGUUCGGUCUCCAACUCCUAAAGGACCGUUUUUCAACAACAAGAUGCAGCGAUAUUUAUCUUUCAAUCACGGCCAAACCCACAAAAUUCUACUCUCUCAAGAAGAUGUUAAUUUGUUGGACAAGACAAGUGGGAGGAGAUCCGUUCCAGGAAUAAGCAAAAGUCAGGAUUUUACUGUGACCACAAAGAGAGGUGGCAGAGUUUGGGCAUCGAGCAGGAGCACUGGAAGCUCGCCUACUAGGGAGUUGGGUGCUAGACUGCGUUGGGGACAUCCACAUAGCAACAUUUUGGAUGUUAUGGAUGGCUGUGUAAGAAAAGGAUCUCCAGUACUUGCUGCUGGCUGCUGGCUGCUGCCAUUUUCCAAAAACGAGCUUCCAUGAGAUUUGGCAGCUCCUCCCAAAGUGAAGACAGGAGAGCUUGUGUCAUUCUGACUCUUCUCUUCUUCCUUUCCUUAAAGAGUCGACGUGCAAGUUUUAGUGGGAUAUGAUGAGUGGAUAUUUCUCGCAUAUGUAUGAUGGCUGCGAAAGUUGAGUCCAGAAAUGGCUUCACAAGACGAUUCACGUCAAGGUAACCACAAGUUCCCUGCAGCACCCGACCACAACCAUUGGUUUGGUUUGGUUCUUGGCAGUGACUCGAACAGAGUAAGAUUGGAACGAACAUGAAUGUCCAAAUUAAUCAUAAUAUUGUUUUAGACAUGGUCCAUGGUCCUUUCUCGUAGACACCAUCAUUGCAUCAAAAUUCUAUCAAGCUUGCAAUCACAGCAAAGUGGGUUUCCUUUAUCGAAACUCCCACCAAACACAUUGCUCAAGUUCACAGCAAAGUAAAGGCUUUCUUUUAUUUAUUUUUUCUUUUUAUAAGUUGUCUCUUUUUUUUUAAUCGAAAACGACUAUGUAACCAUGACCUUUAGAUUUUCGAUAUAUGACCUUCAGAUUUUCAAUA